CUUCUAAUUCCACAUUCAAAGCAUUUACUUUCAUAUCAACUCUCCUCACUUGUAGCAAUGACAAAGAUGUUUAUUAAGGCAUCCUGCAUGGUGGCGUUGCUGGUGGUGUUACUAACCGUGACUGUGCCAGAGGUGGAGGCGGUGACAUGUGGCCAAGUUGUGGGCUCAGUAGCACCAUGCCUUGGGUACCUAAGGAAUGGUGGGAAUCCGCCACCUGUGUGUUGCAAUGGGAUUAGAGGGCUUAGGAACCAGGCUCGAACCACGGCUGACCGUAAGGCCAUUUGUAACUGUCUCAAGAGUGCUUCGUCCUCUUACCGCGGCGUUAGCGGCAACAACGCCGCUAGUCUCCCUGGAAAAUGUGGUGUCAACUUGCCCUACAAGAUCAGCCCCUCCACAGACUGCAACAGGAUCCAGUGAGGAGGAGAUGUUGAAAAAGAAAACAAAAGUUUAGCAGUGAUGCAUAUUAUGCCACGUCAAUAAAGUUCUUGUUCAUUUUGUGUAUUUGUAACUUAUUCGCGAUGAUUGUAAUCUUUGAAAUGUUGGCCCUUAUGAUCUCUAAGCACCAAGUAUUUGAGGAAUAAUUUAUAUAUAAUGAAUAAGACUUCUUUAAUUUUCA